AUGGAACUAUCAAGCUCCAACAUUGGUUCAGUUAAUCACAAGCUCUGGGGAAGAUGCAAUGACAUGAUUUGGACAGGCAAAUGGUGCAAAACUAUACCACUUGCAGAGAGAAUAAAUGAUCUUGUGCAGGGAUCCCCUGAUGUAGUAGGAUAUUUUACUAAGAUCAAGCUUCUUUGGGAUGAGCUGGAUACUAUGGACAAUAAUUUUGUUUGCUCCUACACUUGUACCUGUGAGGGAAAGAUAAAAAUGUUCAAAUCAAAGCAAGAUGAAAGGCUAAUUCAAUUUCUUAUGGGGUUGGAUGAAACAUAUGCAGGUGUAAGAAAUAAUAUUCUUAUGCAAUCACCAUUGCCAAAUGUUAAUCACGUUUAUUCCUUGCUAAUUCAGGAUGAAAAACAAAGAGAGGGUUAUGCUAGCUCUAACUUUCCUGUUGAUUCUUCUGUUUUAAUGGCUGCACAACAGAAAAACCCAGGACCUAACAGCUUUCAAGGAGGUUCUGAUUUUAGAAAUAGAAAGAAUACUCUUAUUUGUUCAUGUUGUAAGAAGCCAUGUCACUCUUUUGACAAGUGCUACAGAAUCAUAGGCUUUCCUCCGGAUUUUAAGCUUACUAAAACUAAGAAAUCAUCUGGAAUGUUUCAAGGAAACUCUGUUAUGGCAGAAAAUGGAAAAGGAAAUGGUUUCAGCACAAAAGCAAGGAAUGAAGGACCACAGUUCACUCAUGAACAAAUUAAUCAGCUGAUGCAGCCUCUUCAACAAGCUAAAAUCACACAACAUAUGUCCUCACCUUCAGAGGUCAAUGCUAACAUGUUGAACUAUGCUGGGCCAUUCAGUGAAGACCCCUCUGGCACUUGGUGA